UUGGAACACGAAGUGUUAAAAGUUCACAAAGCCCAUGAAGAACUAGUUCAAACGUGCGAUCGACGCGAACAAUUAGAAAAAACAGCGAGGGCACGAUUACAAAACGAUAAUCGACGAAUAAUUGAACAAAAUCGCACCUUAAAGGAACAAAUGGAUUUUUAUCGUAACCAAGCUUACGCCAGAUCACCAACAGCCGAUGGAUCGGGAAUGGACAGCUUAAGAAAAGAAUUAAAUAAACGGGAAGUUUUAAUUUCCCAAUUAAUAACUCAAAAUAAAGAAUUAGUGGCGGCUAAAGAACGUCAAGAAAUCGAAUUGGCAGCACAACGAGCAACGUUACAAGAACAACGCACUCACAUCGAUAUUUUAGAGGCAGCUUUAAAUAAUGCUCAAGGUAACGUUGUUCGUUUGGAAGAAGAAAACCGGAAAAGGCAAGUUUACGUGGAACGGGCGGCUCAACUCCAACGGGCUUUAUCUUCAUUGCAAUUAGCGAGUGAUCGACGCGAACAAACCGAAAGACAAUUAAGGUUGCAAUUAGAAUUGGAAUUGCAACGAACGAAAAGUGCUAAUUGUAGCGAUAAUUCCGAUACCAAUUUGCAUAGUGAUGCGAUUUCGGAGUUGAAGAGGCGAUUACGCGAUCGCGAGGAGAAAAUUAUUACUUUGGAAGGGGAAUGUUCGAAAUGGGAGCAGAGGUAUUUGGAGGAAAGUGCUUUGAGGCAAGCUGCUAUUGAUGCUGCUAGCAUUCCUAAGGAUGCGAAAAUCGCUGCUUUAGAAAAAACCAGUCAGGAAACUGAGAAGAUUAUCGCCGAAGCACGAAAUGAAAAGAUUCGUCACAUGGAUGAAGUUCAUGCGGCUCAGAAAAAAGUUGCCGAUUUAGAAUCUAAGUAAGAAAGUUACUUUUUUCAGAAAGU